GCGGCUGCCAGAGGGAAGCACGUGUAUCACAACAAACCCAUCUGCUUUACGCCUGCAUACAUUUGCCGUUUUGUGAGUACAUGAAAAUGGCAGAGGACUACGAGGAUUCUGAUUUCUCCUUAUCGUGGACUGAUCAUCUGCAAGUUCUCCAGAGAGUGAUUACAGCUCUGCGUUAUAAGGAGCAGUUUGCAGAUGUGACCUUAGUCUGCAACAAGAAGCACUAUCCAGCUCAUAAGUUUGUUCUGGCCAUGUGCAGCUCAUACUUUGAAGAGCUUUUUGAGCACAUCCCCAGCAAACAUCCCAUUAUUGUUCUUGCCGGUAUCCCUUCUGAGGCAUUAGAGAAGUUGCUUGACUUCAUGUAUCUCGGCCAGGCAGAAGUGCAUGGCAAGGACUUUGACCGGCUAUUAGAAGUUGCACAAGAACUGAGGAUCAGGGGCCUCAUGAAUACAAGUGACCACCCUGAAAACCAAGUACAAGUGGAGAACCAGACAGUCUUUCAAAGCAUCAAACAAGAAGUAGUGGAGGGAGUCAAAGUUGCAGAACCUGUGAGUUUAGCAGAAUUUUCAUUAAAUGGAGAACUGGUUGAGAUUGUUGGAGAACAAGGAAAAAAUGAAGUUAAAGAACUUGUUGAUCUUAAAGCUGUAAAGAAUGCUAAUGGUGACCAUGUACUGACCCACACUGUGACGAGCAGUAUGGUAGUGGAAAGUAGUUUUAAUAAUAAUGUUGAAAGUAGAAAAAGGCAAAGUAGCAAUGAAAAUGGUGACACUACUUUAAAUAAGUGUUCCCAGUGUGAAAAAUGUUUUGAAAGUGAAGAUCUUUUGAAUUAUCACAAAAUAAGCCAUAUAGAAGACAAAUUUUUUACAUGUUCAGAUUGUCCAUACAAGACUUUGAAUUAUAAUGAUUUUAAAACACACACCUCAAAACAUGCAAAGUCACGACCCUAUUCAUGUCCAUACUGUCCUGAAAAGCAAGUGAAUAAAGAACUGCAUAUCAGUCACCAGCAGAAAGUGCAUCCUACCAAGGAGGUCACCAUCACAAGGACAGAAUCACUCUUUGAGAAAAUAUUAGUGAAAUACGACCAAGAAUCAUCCCCCCAGGUUGCAGAGGCGAAACCCAGUCCGUUCCAGCAACCACCUUCCAAAAUGCCCAGGACAUCACGAUCCCCUGCAAUAGAAAGCUUGUCCCAAAGGAACACUGAGUGGAGUCAAAAAACCAGUGUUAAACGAAUAGUAGUACAAAAGCAGCCAGGAAGAAGAUCAUCUUCAAAAUCCUCCAGGGGCAGGAAGUCUUGAGGGAAGCUUAGAAACAAAGGUUGCAUCUUCAUAAACUGGAACAGAAUCAGAAAAAUGGGUAAUAGUUCCUCAGUUUAAGCUUUAAGUUAUUCUAAAGUGUCAAGUAUGGUUUGUACAAGAUAGAGUAGAGAGGGAAUUCACUUCAACUUGUGUCUGAGCAGCUGUAUGCAGGAGAUCAAACCACUAGUCUGUCCUUCGGAAAGUGAAGUCAUAUUAUCUGUAUGUAUUUUUCAGUGUGUGAAAAAUUAUUACUGUUUUUUCUAUUGGUUUCAAAGUCAUCAUAUUUACAACUGGUCAAACAUUCCCUGAUUUUAGGGGACCAUCUGGAUAGCUAUGGGUUUCCAUGGUUAAAAUUAAGUUAAGGGAAGUUUCAAAUUUCCUUUGUGAAUGAUGGGCCUCAAAUACAAAACCCUUGCAGGGUAUCAUAGGUGGUGCUUUGAUGUUAUUGCAAAAUUUUCUCAAUUUUAUAGGUAUGUUCAUUAUAUCACAACAAUGAGUGGAUUAGAGUAAAGCAUGACAAUAGAUAACAAAAUAAUAAGAGGAAACACAAAAGAAAAUUGCACACUUGAAAUAUAGUUUGCAUGUGACUUCAAGAUGGCACUCAUUUCCCAGCUGUGUUGGCAUUUGCUAACCCACCCACCUCUAGCAUUUGAUUGAUUCUGUAGAAAGUUGUGUUGUUAUUAUGAUUUAUGUCAAUUAUUGGUCUAUUUUAAUCACAUUUCCUGAUGCUGAAUCAUUCGUAAUGUAUUAAGAUUAGUGAUGUAUUAUUAUUAUUUCUCUAUGUUAUUGUUAUAGAAGCCAAAAAUAUGGGUUUCUAGAUUUAUUUAUUUUUUAAAUUUUGACCAAACCUUUGUCUUAAAUGCUUUGAGAGAGAAAUGUGAAGGCAAUUUUUGCUGUUUUGAGCAGAAAAUAAUGUCUCACUCGGAAACCAUAUACGGAAAGACCUCCAGAUUAGUACUUUUAUUGUAUUGUUUUUGUCUUUUUGAGCAAUGGUACAUGAAAUAUGCAAAUUAGCAUCAUCUGGAAGGUGGAACACCUCAAAAACCUUGAGCACAAAAGAAAUGCAGUUGUAUGAUAUAUGAUCAGUAAAAAGAAUAACUUAGCAGUCUCAAUGUGCUAUCGUUUUCCAGAAAAAAACCCUGACCACAUAGGCUUAUGAGCAGAAUUUCACUUUAAGGGAAAUAUACUGAUCAUACUUUUGUAAGAAAACCUUUGCCUUUUGAUGGUAUGUAAUCUCAAUUAGUGCCAAGAAAGACCAUCUCACUAGGGACACCUUAUGUUUUGCCACCAUUACUAUUUAUAACCCAUUUUAUUAUAGACUUUGCUCCAUGGUAGUUGGUUACUUUUGCAGGAGUUUAAGCAAAAAAAAAAGGCACUUAUGCCUCAUUAUUUCUUUUUUUUUAUCAAAUCAAGUCUAUACAAGUAUACAAGCCAGUUGUAAACACUUGGUGCACACCAUCAUAUAUAUGUGCAGUGUAGGCCUUCCAAUGUUUUUGUUGGGUUCAUGAAUUAUAUUGCAGCAAUUCCAUAAUACUUUUUAGUAAGGAAACAGUUAGGAGAUAUUCACUUUCUCAAAUAAGACAAUAUUAUGUCUGUAAUAAGGCACAUGGGAAGUUGUUCCCACACCUCUUUUUCAUGUGUGUAUAUAUGUAUAUUUUAAGCUGUACUUGGUUCUCUUGAGUGAAAGCAUGAAAUAGGAAGCCAAGAGACUACAAUAAAUGGAUUACUUUUUAGACAUGCUGUGCUAUUGUUAACUGCAUUGAGGACCACUUCUCAAAAUGUGAUGAAUUAUAACUGCCAAGGGAUGUCUUCCUGUUGUUAGGUAAUGGGAAGUGAAUUAUUAACAAUAUCAUACAAAGCUAUUUAUUAAUACUAUUCAUUUUCUCAUAAACAUUACCUCAUUUCUACAAGUUACCAGACUAUAGGUCAAAGGAAAAUGAAGACUCAAAAGUAGGAUCUGUAAGACCACCUGUGUUCUAAAGUAUUAAGUGUUUAUAUAGUUUUAAGGCUGUAAAUGGAUCUUUUUGUAGCGGGAGAGGAGUGUGUGUAUAAAUUUCUUAUAUGUACAUAUAUUAUACAUUAAACCUUGAUUGGGGAGUUAUAUGAAACAACUGCCAGAUAUACAGUGCAUUCCUCUUACAUCACAGAAGUAGAAAAUGUAAGGAUGCAGUAGAUAAAAUGCUUCCCUUUAUGUCCCAACAUUCCCAUAUAAUAUUGAUAUUGGAAAUAAUAGUAAUGAUAAUCGCAUUGAUGGUGGGGAUUAUGUUCAUGAUGAUAAUGAUAAUGAGAAGAUGUGUUCCGUAUAAGAAAAAAAUGAUUUUCUGUGUUCGUGCAUCCAACCCCUAAGUCGCCGGUGCACCACACCCCUCCUCUCCUUCACAACUCAUUGCCACUCAGCUCCUGCAAAUUUUGAAGGAAUUGACAUCAAACUUACAAUUUUCUUUGCAGAUCUGAACUCAUUAUUGAUGUUUAUCUAGAUUUCACAAGGUAGGCUAUCUUUUAAGGGUUUUCUUUGACACAAAAUUCCUUUCCAUAUAUGGGAAUUCUUAUAUUCUUAGCCUUGAAAAUUUUAGACAUAGGUUAUCUCCUGAGCAUAUAUUUUUUAUUUAUUUAUUUAUUUAUCUGGAACUAUCUUUAUGAUGCUUAUACACACAAAACAAUGUUUCUUUGUUCGUCACACCACCACACACACACACACACACACACACACACACACACACAAAGUAGUGACUUCAGGAGUGAUAGUAAUAUACUUUGCAUUGCAUAUAAGAAAAUUUGAUGUAAGUUAUGUGUACACUACUAUUUAUGCAUAUUCUAGAUUAAACUGUGGAAGGUUCCAGUAGUAUAGGUAUAAUUUGAGUGGGAAACUUGUACAGUGAUAUUGUAAACUGAAACUUUAAAGUCAAACUCCGUAUUUGUACGGAGAAAUAUUUUUUUGUAUUUUUCUGGAAUGUUGAAAUAAUAUGGAUUGACAAGCCUCUUUGUUUGUGUACAAUAAAGGAAACAAAUUAC